AUGGAGGAAUGGCUAUGUACCCUCGACAACUACGGGAAGGCUCACGGCAAGUCGUUCAUGGCUGCGGAGGAUCAUGUCACAUCGGCAAGUCACCUGCUGGGUCUGGAGAAGCUGGCUGCGGCCACCCGCAACUCCCUACGGACCGGGGGUCAGGAAAGUAAUCAAGCGGAUUCAUGCGGUGAUGGUCUUGAGCUUUUAAUUGCACGACUCAAUGCUACUCUCCGAGCAUAUGCGAAAGAGGAGCGUAAGAGGGUACGGGUUACGAUGUCUCAACUUCACCGGUCGGUUGCGGAGAUGAAGCAGGCGUGGCUGAGGGACCCGGGGUGUGCUCGGCUGAAAAGCAUGCUGGACGACAAGGAGGCGCAGCUGAAAAGCUAUCAUCUGGUACGGUAG